UAGAUAAGAAAAUAGUUUAAAAGAUUUUGAAUUCUAAAAUUUUUAAAUGUAAUGAUAAUUGUUAAAAUUGUUGCUCCCGAUAGUGAGAGACAACUCUGUCGAAGAGCACGAUACCAAGAUGGACUCUCAGGGAGACGUGCAAGUUUUCUUCACCAAGAUACAAGAUUUAUGUAGAGAUGCUUUAAAAACUGUCCAGGCUCUGUUGGAAAAUGACAGUGUAAUAGAUCAACAUUCAAAGGGUGUGAGCUUUCUAGAAGUAAAAAAUGAUGUUCUGCUUGCCUACAUGAUAGAUGUUUCCCUCCUCAUGCAAAGGAAGGUCUAUGGAAAAUCUAUUCAAGGACAUCCUGCACUUCAGCGACUUGUGGAGAACAGAGUAAUUCUUGAAAAGAUGAGGCCCAUUGACCAAAAACUCAAAUACCAAAUAGACAAACUUGUCAAAAUAGCCAAAACAGGAGUCAUGGAUGCUUCCGAUCCUCUCAGAUUUCGGCCCAAUCCAGAUGACCUAGCAGCCAAGUUUGAAAAUGAAGAUUCAGAUGAGGAAGACAAUGAAGACCAAUCCAAGAAAUCUGACUCUGUUUACAAAGCUCCUAAGGUGGCCCCUGUACAUUACGCUGGAGAUGAGACUCAGAAAGAACGACAAGAAAAAGAGAUGGAAAAGCUGAAGCGGCGAGCCCUUAGUAGUACCAUGAUUCAGGAGAUAAGAAGAGACUUCUUGGAUGAACCUGAGGAAGUUAUUGAAUCAAGAGACCUGCAUAGAGUGCGUGAAGAUCGAAAGAGGAAAGAAAGAACACAAUUUGAGGAGGCAUAUUUCACAAGAGUGACUGUGUCCAAAAAGGAUAAAGAAAAGAGUCGACGGAUGUCUACUAUGUCAAGUCUUGAUGGAGUGGUGAAGUUCGACGAUCUCUCAUAUCUUGACCAGGAAGGAGACCAGGUUGAUCUACCAGUAAAGAAGAGGAAAGCAUCCAAAAAAUUAAUGGGAAAGAAAAAGAAGGGCAAAGGGGGCAAAAAGAAAUGGAAGAGUCACUGAAAUAAAGCUUGUUAA